AUGGAGGGCAUUAAGACCAGCCCUUUGAUGAUAAUCAGCAAGGCAGCGCUGAAUUAUGGGGGAUGGACGGAGGAAAUCCGGGCCUGGGUCUGGGAGUCGCAGGGGCCUGCGCCGUUUCUGUGCUACUCGGGGAGGCUCCGCAGACCCAGGGGAAGGUCUGCGGAGCGGCGGGAUGGGAAGAGGGUUGGCGUGGGGUUUCUCCUCCCUGACCCGCUUCCUCUCUCCCACAGCCUGCGGCGAGAGGGCUACACGGUGCAGGUGAAUGUGAACGAUUAUCUGGAUAUUUACUGCCCUCACUACAACAGCUCGGGGGUGGGCCCCGGGGCGGGGCCGGGCCCCGGGGGCGGGGCGGAGCAGUACGUGUUGUACAUGGUGAGCCGCGCCGGCUACCGCACCUGCAACGCCAGCCAAGGCUUCAAGCGCUGGGAGUGCAACCGCCCGCACGCCCCCCACAGCCCCAUCAAGUUCUCGGAGAAGUUCCAGCGCUACAGCGCCUUCUCGCUGGGCUACGAGUUCCACGCGGGCCACGAGUACUACUAUAUCUCCACGCCCACCCACAGUCUGCACUGGAAGUGUCUGCGGAUGAAGGUGUUCGUCUGCUGUGCCUCCACAUCGCAUUCCGGGGAGAAGCCGGCCCCCACCCUCCCCCAGUUCACCAUGGGCCCCCAUGUGAGGAUCAACGUGCUGGAAGACUUUGAGGGAGAGAACCCCCAGGUGCCCAAGCUUGAGAAGAGCGUGAGUGGGACCAGCCCCAAGCGGGAACACCUGCCCCUGGCGGCGGGCAUCGCCUUCUUCCUUAUGACGCUCCUGGCCUCCUAG